AUGUCAACAAAGCUCCUUCAAGCGGCUCAGUUCAUUCUCCAAAAGAACUGGCUCAUUGCUGGCUCCGAUGAUCUGCGCCUCCGAAACGCGAUCAAGACCUGGAACUGGGACCUCGACUGGGCCAACUCCAACACCUUCUCCGGUCACUUCAAGCAAUGGCAUCAAGCCCAGCGUCGCUGCAAAGCUGGCCCACUUCAAGGCAGUGUCUUGAGCGACGACGUUUCCCUUCGUACCAUCCAGCACUCGCUGUAUGGCAGCGUUCAGCUCCUUGGACUUGUACUGACCACGUGGUCGGCCCAUGCGAAUGCGGCCGGUUGCUUGUUUGCGCCGGUCCGAGCCCGGUCCGAGGCCGAUCCUGCCGUGGUUGGCGGUGUCUGUCUUGCGCCGGUCGAAGUUGCAUGGCUUGCCGCGUUGGCGAGAGUCGUGCGGCAGUCGGUGGGCAGACCCUCCUAA